AUGCAGAGGGUCAACCUCUCAACAGUAUCUGAAUUUGUUUUUGUGGGCCUCUCUGAUGCUCCAGAAAUCCGUUUGCUCCUCUUUGUGCUGUUUCUGCUCAUUUAUUUGGCCACCAUGGCAGGCAACAUCACGCUACUCGUUGCCAUCGGCACUGACUCCCACCUGCACAGCCCCAUGUACUUUUUCCUCGGCAAUUUAUCCCUGCUGGAUCUCUUAUGUCCCACCAUCACCGUGCCCAAGAUGCUGGGGGCCUUGCUGCUGGAGCACAAAGAGAUUUCUUUCUCUGGCUGCCUGUUCCAGCACUUUUCCCUCAUUGCUGUGGUGGGCACGGAGAUUCUUCUGCUGACUGUGAUGGCUUACGACCGCUACGUGGCUGUGUGCCACCCCCUGAGGUACCCGAGCAUCAUGAGCAUGCAGCUGUGUGCUCAGCUGGCCGUGGGCACCUGGGCAACAGGGCUUUUGAGCUCCCUGCUGAACACCUCUCUGGUUUUCACACUCUCUUUCUGUGGUCCUAACAAAAUCCAGCAGUAUUACUGUGACAUUCCCCCUGUGCUGACCCUCUCCUGCUCGUCCACCCGCAGCAGGGAGUUGGUGAUCCUGGUGGUGGCCGGGGUGCUGGGGGGCGGCGCCUGCAUGGUCACUGUGGUCUCUUACAUCUAUAUCCUCCUGGAAAUCCUGGCCAGAAACGCCCCUGGGAUAUGGCACAAGGCUUUCUCCACCUGUGGUUCUCACCUGACUAUAGUUUGCCUUUUCUACGGGACCACCAUCUGCACCUACGUCCGCCCUUCCUCCACCUAUUCCCUGCAGUGGGAUAGGGUCGUGUCCAUGCUCUAUGGAAUGCUCACCCCGCUCCUAAAUCCCAUCAUCUACAGCCUCAGGAACAAAGAGGUAAAAUGUGCCCUAAAAAGAGUGCUGCGGUCCAUACCAGACAAAGCACUUUGUCUGAAAAUGGAAUGUUACUUCAUUCCCAAGCUGGAGGAUGAGUAA